UUAUCCUGGAUUUCUACCAAACUAGUUAUAUAGGACGAAAGCUUGUUUAUGAUCAGAAGAUGGUAUUCAGAAAUCAACAGAUAACAUAAAAGAUUAGAAAAUCUUUAAGAUGAUACAAUUAUUGAAAUACAAUGGAUUCGUUACUAGUGAUUAUUAUGGCAUUGAUUAUUGUACAGUCAUACAAAGAAAACAACCAUUUAACUGUUGCUGAAAGAAGUCCUGGUAUACAAAGACAGACACUAAGUUAUGUAGUCAGUAAUGUAGAGAAUAGAAAUGUUACAUAUCAGCCAAUCAGAAUUCAAGUGGUAUACAGAGAUAUAUAUUUUGAACUGAGUGUUGAGGAUAGACAGAGAAUAAUUGGGACAGUUAAUAUGGCAGUUGACAAAAUAUCACAGUUAUUAUCUGUUUUUCCAGUUCAGAAGCCUAUACUGUUAAAAAGAAGUGGGUGUCAUAAAGAAUGGACCACAGGACCCAAUAAAGGAAGAUGCAAGUCAAUUAAAAGAAAUUAUCAAAGUGAACUAUGCAUGGAGACAUUCAAGAUUCCAGAUGACCAUUUAGAUGGUUUAUAUGUAUGGAAUGAGUUAGACCCAGAUCCAGUCAGAGUGGUAUAUACUCAAGGAGCUGGUGUCAACAAUACAGAUUUUAUAUUAUAUGUAGAUUCAGUGACGACAGAUGUUUGUGGAUUCAAUAGUGUGAACAAGGUAUUAUCCUAUUCCAAAGUAUGUCAUGUGGACCAAUAUGAUAGACCAAUAUCAGGAUGUAUCAAUGUUUGUCCUCAUUCAAUCAAUAACAGUCCAGAAAAAAUGUAUAAGACAUUGUUACAUGAGUUAUUCCAUACACUAGGAUUUUCAAAAACUCAUUUUCCAUAUUUUAAGAAGUGUCAGAUUAAAGAUAGAAAUCUUGAUUGCCAGCCUCUAGGUUUGACCAUUGUUAAAGAAGUAAAUGGAUUAGUUCGGAUGGUUACACCAGCAGUUUUAAGAGAAACACAAAAUCAUUUUGGAUGUACAACUGAGACUAAAUAUGGUGCUCCAUUGACAGGAAUGUUUAACAACUUUACGUCGCAUUGGGAUGAAGUGUUGAUGUAUGGAUCUAUUAUGACACCUGAUAUGGGAAUGCCACAUGUGACAUUUAUAGACAGAAUAACUUUAGCUGUAUUUGAGGACGGUGGAUGGUACACAGUAGACUAUAGCUCUGCUGAUGAUUAUCUCUGGGGAAGAAAUAUGGGUUGUGUUGAUAGAUCUGAAUUUUGUGCUAAAUAUGAAGAUUACAUCUGCCAAAAAAACUCUGUUGGUUGUCACUUUUUACACAAAGACAAAGGCUAUUGUAAACAAGAGUCUGACUUAUCAUGUAAAAUUUACCAACCACAACCAAAGGGAGAGUGUUCCAUGCCAAGAGAGCCUGACUUUGAUGAAGAGAUAUUUAAAACUUCUAGUUCCUGCUUUAUAUCAAAUUUAACUACAGAUUGUAUGGAAAAGACUGCUGUAUUAACUGGUAGAUGUUAUCUACAAAAAUGUUCCAAAAAUAGAAAUUUAUUGGUCAAAGUUCAUGGAUCAGACUGGAAUGAUUGCCCAUAUGGACAACUAAUCAAAAUACCAGGUUACAGAGGAAAUAUCAAAUGUCCAAGUAGUAAAGAUAUCAUGUGUCCAGAACUCUCUGUUGAUACAACUAUACCUGUUACAGAAUAUCCUAAUUUUGUUUACUAUAUGUCAACCAUUGCCAAAAUUUCAAGUACAGACAAUAGAUCCAUUGACAGCAUUUCAUCAGGAACAAACAAUAACUUGUUUGUUAAUAUUUCUCCAUUUAUGUUAAUAUUUGUAUAUUUGAUAAACCAAUACACAGUAACUUAAUAUAGAA